UUCAAAAUGGCGGUUGUCCUGAAAUGUGGGCGUGUUAGCAUAAGUAUAUAGUAAACGUUGAAAAGAAGGCCAAUAAACGGAUGUAGCUAUUUGCAGUUCACAAGACGACUAGGAGUUAACCAUGCCGACUGCAACAGUUACUGUCAGGGACGUGAAGAACAAGGACACAGGGAUUGAUCUGACAGUGCCCACAUUCAAGCAUAUCCCAGGGUUACUGUCAUCAACAUAUAUUUAUCAAGUUGUUGCAGUUUCCAAUCUAACUUUCUUCAAAUCCCCAAAGCACAAGGAAUCUGACACUGUGCAAUUUAUGGUUGAGAGAAAGUUUAAUGACUUUGAGGACUUGUACAACAAAUUGAAUGAGAAGUUCUCUGGCACCGUUUUCCCUCCACUUCCCAAGAAGGUUCUUCUCAUGAAUGAUGUCGUUGCUAGAAGCCGCCGUGGGGAUCUGGAACACUUCCUCAAAUUCCUGGCAACAGUUCCAAAAGUUGCAACAUCCUCUGUUGUGCUGGAGUUCUUAGGUGUUGGCGCAAUGAAGGCAGGGACGUUUAGGAAAGGGGGAAUCAAUGAUGGUGGUAACGAGGACAGCAGUGAGAAGACAGAAACCGAGGGUGACGAUGUGGAGGAUCAGGGGCCUCAAGCAAGUCUGUUUGAUGAUGAAGACAAGCAAGAGGGGGAUGAACUGUUUGCUGGCCUGGAUGCUGCUGAUGGUGGAGAAGAAGAAGAAGCAUCGACUCAGCUGUUUGAGGCACAAGACUUCGGUGGAGGAAUAUCUGAAGAUGAUGCCUCACUCUUCCUCCCUGAUGCUGUUGUUGAUAAAGAAGCCACUGCACCAGUUACAGCACCAGCCAGCACGGAUGAAACAGAUCCCUCACUAUUCCAAAUCGAUGAGGAUCUUGAAAACUUCAUGAAAACGGAGAUCACCAAGAAGUCAAAGAAGAAACAAGAUGAGAAAACAGAAGAAGCCAGUGAGGUUAAAUCCAAACCCGAUGUCAGACCAAAACCAGGUCUCAAACCAAAACCAGGUCUCAAACCAAAACCAGGUGUCCAACCAAAGACAGAGGUCAAGCCUGAAUCUGAUGAAAACACACAAGAAAAAUCUAUUUUAAGUAGUGGCGAUAUUUUAUCUUAUAUUCAACAAAAUACAGUUGAAGAGGAUGAGGAUGUGGACUUAUUUUCAUGAGGAAUGGAGAAUGUGGUCCUCGUCUCGUUGUUGUAGGUUGGUUUAGUUAUUCUCCUUAGGCCUAUGGUUGUUUAUUGGCUUACCUACCCUGGUAACUAACUGACAUAAAGAAAUGAAAUCGUAAAUAUAAAGAAAAUAACUUUUGGUGUUAUCCAUUGAAGCUGUAAGCAAUAUGAUGUUACGCUAAUCCUGCACGAGAGAAAUGGAGUUAUGGCUCUAUGACGUCACAUGUGAAUCAUUCAUGAACGUUAGUUCAAACAACACAACAGUAUGUUCGUUUGUGGUUCGAACGAAUGUAAUAUCUCUUGAAUGUAAUUCUUCAUAUACAUGUAUUAACCAACAUGUGUGGUAUUCGCGUUUCUUUUGGCAGUGAGUAUAUUAAGCAAGUUGAAAAUUGUUACUAAAUAUUAAAUAUUUUAGGCAAUCCUAGCUAAUACACAAGUGUUUUUUUUAAAACAACAAUUCUGCAAACUAUACAAAUUAGAAAAAUAAAUGCGAAUAUCAAGAUUUUGAAUUUUUUAGUAGUUUGAAGAAACUGAAAGCAAUCAAUUUACCUUACUUUUGACCAUCGAAUUCAUCAAGGUUGUGUUGGAGACACUAAUUUAUUUGUAAAUUGUUUAUUCUCUGUAUAUACAAAUGACACGAAGAAUGUGUAUGCUGUACAAUGAGAUUAUGGGUGUGAAAAAAUGUUUUUUACAAAUAUAUACAAAUAAUUACUAACUGAUGGCUUCUAAAACUACUUUUAAGAUGACAAUUGACAAAAUGGCUGAUGUCCUCCUAGACUUUGGCUGCAAAUAUUUGUGGUUGUUUACAAAGAUGACAGAAUCUACUGAAACUAGUGUCCUACAACUGACUACCAACACUUAACUCAUGGUCUCCCAACCUUAGGCCAGACUUAAUUUGUUUUAUUGUUAUAUUUGAGAUUGUGCAAACAUUAGUUAUUAAAGGAUGUGUUUUGUAUAUUUUGAACAUGUUUGCAUUUGUGUUUCUGUUGAAACUUUCUCAAAAAUUUACCUCAGACCAACCCUGAUGACAUGGAUUUUUGCCUACCUUUGAUGUUUGAACACAAAAUAUGGAAAACAAAAAAAAUUGGUUUUGCCUUAUUCUAUGAGGUUAUGAAAAUUACUGUUGAGUACUGUUACUCCAUUGAUGUGAGUGAGGUAUGGAGUUUAGUGUUUCUCAGCAAGACUGAUAUUGUCAUAACUAUGUUUUAACAUUUGACUCGCUUAUAGGUAAAUCUUCAUUGAGGAUUUAUCCUUUUUAACAAACUCAUAGACCUGAUGUUUUGUAUGUAAAACUAUUUGUUUCAACAAAUGUAAUUAUCCUGUUGGUACUCAUCCUCGAUUAUCAAGGGUAUUAUAUCCUCAUUCUUUUAUGAUAAACACAGGGGACCCAUUUGCCACCAUUGUUAUGUUUUGAGUACGGUUCAAAUGACACAUCCAUCAAAUUACUCUGACUUUUCAUGAGUGCAACAGCUGGUGAUAUCACUAGUGUACCCACAAGCCUUGAUGCAUACCCUCUCAAAUACAGGGAAACUUGAAAUCCAUGCCAAACUCUCAUUCAGAAGAGUCAUAUUGGAUGAUUUCAGAGAUUCUGUUGGCGAUGAGAGAGAUGGAUCUGGUCAGGGUGCUGUGAUGGUGGAUGGGUCCAGGGUAUCAUGAUAGGAUGGAUAUAACAUACACUGGGUAAUCGAAGACAGGAAUGAACAAACUUGUAUAGCUGCUUGACCUUGAACAAACUGUAAAUUAUCUAGAGCUUGAAGUCUUCCAGAUCCAAUAGGAACAGCUUUCUGUUACUUUAAUGUAACGCAUUGUAGUUAAAUGCUCAUUUGUCAGCAUUAGAGAAUAUAUACUCACCCAUUGUAGGAAUAACUCAAGACCAGUUCCUGUUCCAUGAACUCCUGCAUCAGAGAUCACCCCCACAGUGGUCUAGAUCUGCAGCUGCCAAGACAGACCAGUUCCUCUUCCAUGAACUGUCCUGCAUCAGAGAUCACCCCCACAGUGGUCUAGAUCUGCAGCUGCCAAGACAGACCAGUUCCUCUUCCAUGUACUGUCCUGCGUCAGAGAUCACCCCCACAGUUAUAACUCAUAAAACCUGCCCCUUUCCUUUGGAAACCCUACCCAGGUACCCACUGUAGGUCUAAAGAGAUAGGUACAAAAUGUCUGAUAGGAAAUUUUUUACCAUAGCCCUGGCAAAAGGUAUUUAGAUACAUGUAUUUAACAAUCUGGUCAUGCAUACACUAAAGUUAUACAUUUAUUCCAAAAUAUGAAAAUUCAGGAGGAAUGGGUGCAUAAUCAGAAAGAAAUGCGAACAUUAGUGACAUAUAGUAUAACCAUAGGGUUCUAGAUAAUUUUUGUCAUUAAACAAUAUAUCACGUGACUAACCACUAGUCUAGGUAGUCCAGUGUGUACCUGGGUCCUACUCAGUACCCACCCAACCUGGGUACCCAAUUUACCCAUCCCAGACCUACAACACAACCUGAACAAUUUUGAGUUUGUGGAUGAAAUACCCGAUACCAGGUUUUUCAUCUUUCUCUAUAAGAAUAUUCUAUAAAACAGCCAUGGGAACAUUGCAAUUCACCAUGUUUUUGUAAGAUUUCAUAAUAAUUUGGCAUGACAUCAACAUUGUACUAACAUCACCAUCAUGAGGACUUUAACUAUUGUCCAUUUAUUCUCCAUAAUUUACAAGUGUUGAUUGUUAACUAAGAGAUAUUUUAGUCAUAUUAUCAUCCUAAAACACUGGUCAGCAUUGUGAGUGAGUGAAUGAGUUGGGGUUAACGCCGCUUUUAACAGUAUUCCAGUAAUAUCACGGCGUGUCAGCUGAAUAUGGGAGGAAAGCCAAAAGUGAUGCAGGUCUUAGACAUUUACCACUUC